AUGGGUCUUGUCCCCCAGCUGACAGUCACCCUGUUCUGCCUCCUAGCAUGUACCGGCACCUUCGUCCGUGGCUGCAACGAUGCCUUACAAGAAAUCAUCAAUGAUCUGAAUGUGCUCUCAAGCCAAAAGACUCCAUGUGCUGAGCUGGCUGCUGCAGACGUCUUCGCUGCCCCCAAGGUAAGAGGCUGCUCCCUGGUCUUCCUCGGCCGAUGGGCCGCCUGGGGAGGGGGGAUCCUCCAGCAUUUAAACAAGAAACUGUCGACAGUGGUGGCGAACUUUGGCAUGCGUGCCGCAGACACAGCCGAGAAGCUGUGCCAGGCUGUGACAGUGCUGCAUCGCACAUCCUACCUCGGGGUGGGGCUUUCGUGCCUGAACAGACACAGAGAAUCAGUCUUUCUGGUUCUCCUGAAGAAGGUCUACAGGAACCUCAGGAGCAUGGUUCAGCCGAACUGUUCUGUGAGUGAACUCAAGCAGACGACGUUGAAAGACUUCUUGGAAAACCUAAAAACGAUCCUGAAAAAGAAAUACUCAGAGUGUUGA